UGCAGGUUAGCUUUGUAAAUUUUCCUUGCAUAAUUUAGUGAUUUAAUUUUGAGCAGAACUAUGAAUCGGCCGCGUUUAGAAGUUCCGCGAGAACUCACUAGCUUGCUGUUAGAUUUCACUGUCAAUGUGUUGUUAGAAAAGCCGGCUGAUAUUGUGGACUAUGCUGUGAAUUACUUUACUAAGCUUAGAGAUGAAGGUCGAACAAACAAUCGUGACCAAUCUGUUCCUCUAACAUCUGUAACGUGUGAAGAGGAAGAUGCUGUUAGUGAUGAAGAUGAAAUGGAGGAGCCUCCUGUAAGAAAAUCAGUUAACCAGUAUUCCAGAAGAAAAUCAGUAUUCGCAGAACAAUAUAAUCCAGAAGAUGACGAGGAUGAUGAUGUAGAACGGAUUAUAUAUCCUAAGUCUGAUGACCAAAGACAGCGCCUAGGUGAAGCUGUAAGAAAUAUUUUGCUAUUUAGGUCAUUAGAUAUUCAACAAAUGCAGGAAGUUUUGGAUGCAAUGUUUGAAAGAAAAGUAAAACCAGGUGACAUAGUAAUCAAACAAGGAGAUGAUGGGGAUAAUUUCUAUGUUAUUGACAAUGGAGUGUAUAAUAUCCAUGUAGAUACUGAUCAAGAAAAGAAUAAAUUAGUUGGAAAAUAUGAUAAUGCUGGAAGUUUUGGUGAGCUUGCAUUGAUGUACAAUAUGCCAAGAGCAGCUACAAUUGAGGCAAAAACUGAUGGAUCUUUAUGGGCAAUGAAUCGACAAACAUUUAGAAGAAUCGUACUAAAGAGUGCAUUUAAAAAGAGAAAGGAAUAUGAAACACUUCUUGAAGGUGUUCCUAUGCUACAAACAUUAGAGAAUUAUGAAAGAAUGAACUUAUGUGAUGCUUUAAUGCCCAAGUCAGCUGCAGAUGGAGAACUCAUAAUAAAGCAGGGAGAUGAGGCAGAUGGAAUGUAUUUUAUUGAAGAUGGUAAUGUUAGAAUUACUAUGAUUAAAGAGGCCGAUGGCAAUGAAGUUGAAGUUGAUUUAAUAACUCUUACAAAAGGGCAAUAUUUUGGAGAAUUGGCAUUAGUUACACAGAAGCCCCGUGCCGCAUCUGCUUAUGCAGUUGGGAAUGUCAAACUUGCAUUUCUUGAUGUAGCAGCUUUCGAAAGGUUGUUAGGCCCAUGCAUGGAUAUAAUGAGACGCAACGUUGAUCAUUACCAAAAACAAGUUGUUGAUUUAUUUGGCUCUGAAGCAAAUUUAAGUGACUUGCGAUGAUCUGACUGUUACAUUUUGUUUUCAUUUUAAACAUUUGGUUGAACAUUCUCUGUGCCCUAAAUCAUAUCCGAGGUCUGUGUGUGCCUCCAAAACCUAUCAUUUAUGUUAAUCUAGUCUGAUUUCUUUGUUAAAAUUUUAGAACAGUAAUAUUGUUGGUGAA